AUGCAUCUCGGACUCGACAAGAAAGUUGUCCUCGUAACAGGAGGCACCAAGGGCAUCGGGCGCUCCAUCGUGAAGACGUUCCUCAAAGAAGGCGCCACGGUGCACUUCUGCUCGCGCACGAGCGCGGAUGUCAAGGCGGCCAACGAGCGCUACGCGGCUGAAAUCCCCGAUGCGAAGGCGAUUGGGAAUAUCGUCGAUGUGACGAAUGGGAAGCGCCUGAGGGCUUGGGUGGAGGAUUGCGCCAAGGAGAGUUCGAGGAUUGAUGUCGUGGUGGCGAAUGUUAGUAGUUUGUCGCAUGAAAACACGACCGAGAGCUGGCAGACGGCGUUCCAGACGGAUAUGAUGGGCACGUACGAGAUGAUCGAGGCGGCGUUGCCGUAUCUCGAGAAGACGAAGGGGAAUAUCGUAACAAUCUCCUCCGUCUCCGGCCGCGACGUAGACUUCAUGGCGCCCUCGCCCUACGGCGCCCUCAAAGCCUCCCUAAUCCACUACACCUCGCAACUAGCACACGUCCUCGCGCCCAAAAACAUUCGGGCCAACACCGUCUCCCCAGGCAACAUCUACAUCGAAGAUGGCGUCUGGGGCGAUGUCGAGCGCGGGAUGCCGGAGUUGUUCAAAAGCCAGAUGAGCAAGAAUCCUAUGGGCAGGAUGGGCAAGCCCGAGGAGGUGGCGGAUGUGGUGGUUUUUGUGGCGAGUGAGAGGGCCGGGUUUGUGACGGGGAGUAAUGUUGUUGUGGAUGGGGCGGUUUGUAAUGGGGUGCAGUUUUGA